UUUCUUUUUCUUUUUUUUUUCUUGUAGAGAAAAAACAAGUUCUUAGAGGAAUUUUCAAAAUAUAAUUCGAAUUUUACGCGCCACAGGUGGCGCUGUUUGAUCGGUAGCGCUCGGUAGUUUUCGUAGUAAUUCGUAGGCAAUCGGUUUUCGCAAUCAAGAUGGCGAUUACUGUCGAAGUAGCGAAACCUGACUGUGGUGUGACGUCACGCCAUAGUAGUGUUGUGCGGUUAUGCGUUCGUGAAUUCCGCCAUUGAAAGUUAGUGAUCGGGUUCAUAUUAGUGGCGGAUUAGUACGGACGAAUAUGUGACAGGCUAAAAGAUUGAGCGAAUUGUGGUGAACAAUCCGUGAAGGUUUCCUGAUUCCUGGUCGCCGGCGUGGCGCGCCGCGCGCGCGUAUCUCUCUGGUCGAGUAGGCGGUAUUGGACCUCGCACCGGGAGUAAGCUCGUGUGCGAACGGCCUCUCUGGUUGCGUAGUGUCUCGUAUUGCGAGAUGGCCGAGUAAAAAUAGUAUACCCCGAAGAGGUGAAUACAAUGUAUACAGCACCUUUCAAAGUCAUGAACCUGAAUUCGAUUACCUGAAAUCAUUAGAGAUAGAAGAAAAAAUUAACAAAAUUAGGUGGUUAAAAAGGAAAAAUCCAGCACAUUUUUUACUUUCCACAAAUGAUAAAACAAUUAAAUUGUGGAAAGUCAGUGAACGAGAUAAAAGAGUCGAAGGCUAUAAUACGAAAGAAGAAAAUGGUACAAUUCGUGAUCCUGCUUGUAUCACUUCCUUGAGGGUACCAACUAUAAAACCAAUGGAGUUGAUGGUAGAAGCAUCCCCAAGGAGAAUAUUUGCCAAUGCGCACACCUAUCAUAUAAACAGUAUAAGUGUUAACAGUGAUCAGGAAACAUACCUCAGUGCUGAUGAUCUUAGAAUUAACCUUUGGCACCUUGAAAUUACAGACCAGAGUUUUAAUAUAGUAGACAUUAAGCCAACUAAUAUGGAGGAAUUAACGGAAGUAAUAACUGCCGCGGAAUUUCAUCCGGCAGAAUGUAAUGUCUUGGUAUAUAGUAGUAGCAAAGGAACAAUUAGACUCUGUGACAUGAGAUCUGCUGCGCUUUGUGACCAACAUAGUAAGCUCUUCGAAGAACCUGAAGAUCCAACAAAUAGAAGUUUCUUCUCCGAAAUAAUUUCGAGUAUAAGCGACGUAAAACUUAGUAAUUCGGGAAGAUAUAUGAUCAGUAGAGACUACCUCAGUGUGAAAGUGUGGGAUUUACAAAUGGAAACAAAACCCAUUGAAUGUUACCCUGUACAUGAAUACCUAAGAUCAAAGUUAUGUUCAUUAUAUGAGAAUGAUUGUAUCUUUGACAAAUUCGAGUGUUGCUGGAGUGGUAAUGAUUCUGCUAUUAUGACGGGAUCAUAUAAUAAUUUCUUCAGAGUAUUUGAUCGUACAACAAAACGUGAUCUCACAUUGGAAGCAGCACGUGACAUUGCCAAACCAAAAACACUUCUAAAACCACGUAAAGUUUGUACCGGUGGUAAACGUAAAAAAGAUGAAAUUAGCGUCGACUGCCUUGAUUUCAAUAAAAAGAUACUACAUACUGCUUGGCAUCCAUCUGAAAAUGUGGUAGCUGUUGCUGCCACGAAUAAUCUCUUCCUAUUUCAAGACAAACUCUAGCACAUCUGUAUGCAAAUUGCUUUUCAUUUUUUUAGAUCAUUCAACGGUAUAUAUUGACGUGAGCAAGGCACGUUCAACCGAAAAAUCCCAAUGGAACAAAGGGUGUCUGAAUCAUACUGACGAAAGUCGACUAUUAAUGUGUCAAUGGUUGACUGACCGAAACGUGGUGUACGUAGCGCCGUCCACACAUAAGCUCACAUAUUCAUACACACUAUGUAUACACAAAACAUACAGAAUUGCACGUAACACCUUGUCGCGCGUAUAUAUUGUAUAUAAAUGCAUGCAAGCAAAAAUAUAUGCAUAGCUCUCCAAACUAUUGAAUUCCGCUAGUUGAAAUAAAAUGCACGUGGAAUCAUUGCUCAUUGACAAAAAAAAGUGUACAGUUCAAUUAAUCAAGAGACUCGUGUUGGCGGUUAUUAUUGAAAUAUUUUAAUAGAAGAUUAAUGUAUUCAGUUGGCUUGUAUCAUAAAAAUUUUGACACCGUACAAUUUAAAAUGCUUUUUACCAUAGGUGAUUUUUCUACGUAUGGAAUGGUAUCUGUAAAAAAAAAAACUGCAUCAGUAGGACUAAUUGCAUAGAAUUAAAAAGUAUAUAUCGCUAGAUGCGAUAAAUGUAUCCUCAGUAUAUGUGCGUUGCAUAUAAUACCUUUGCUUAAUAAAUUAUUUGCCAAGUAAAAUGCCUAGACAUGCAAAAUUAAAAGUAGAGAUGAUUAUAUGUGCCAAUAUGAUUAAUCUGUAGUUUGUCAUUAUUUUAUUCUUAAUUCAGUAUUGUUUUUCAUAACUUUUCGUAACAAUUGCGUGUUUUCGAUAAAUAAUUGAGUCUUUCGAUAGAAAAUUUAAUUUUUUUCGUAUCGAAAACUGUAUCCUCCGUUAAUCAAACUCGUGGCUGAUUAUAGAGUAAAAAUAUUUCGAUAACUAUUAAUAAUUGCAUUUAAAGUAUGCUAGCAAUUACCAUUAUGAAAAAAGCCAAAUUUUUAAUUAUUUUAAUUAGCCGUUUGUUACCAUUACUGAGUAAAAAAUAAUAUUAAAUAAUAGGCCUAUAUCCUCGUGUCUUUAUUUCCUAAAUAAAAUAUAUUACUGAAUAUCCUUGGCACGUUACAAAAUAAAUAUUCGCCGAUACGAGUCAGAGUGUGAAAAGACAAAAUAAAAUUCACCAUCUAGUAAAAGUUGCAAGAAAAAUGAACAUGAAUGCAUUGCAUACAUUAAACAGCAAAGAGUAUGGAUGUAAAGCACCAUUCGUCAGUUGCCGCUUUCUAAUAAUAAUAAUAAAGAAAAGGACUCAGUCAAGAAAUAUAAGGAACUUAUGGUAACUAUAAGCGAAAUACAGAUUUUCUAAUAUUUCUUAUUGACAACUUAUUAACACUUAUACACUUACACAUAUAAGCAGCGAUUUCGUACACAAAUAAAAAUAAAAUUAAAAGUGCAUUUGACGAUGGUAAGCUGCGCUUGCAGAAUUAAUUAAAUAUGUGCUGAGUAACAUAUAUUAGCGGAAUAUAACGUUAACAUUCGUGAAAUCUGUAGAAGUAAAAUUCGGACGGAAUCAUACGUGAUUGAAACAUACGCGCGGAUUACCAAUUGCAAUCAAGGUGAAUAAAAUCAAUUUAUCAAUGAAAAACAACAAUAGCGAAAAGUUGUUUGUAACGACACAUACCUUACAUCGGUGACUUAAAUCGUACAUGAUCGAGAAUUAAAAUUAAUAAUUUUCACGUGUACAAACAACAAUUCUUGAAUCAUAGGCAAAUAAACGACUUUCGAGGUUUCCUAAUAAUACAAGCAAUCAUAUAGUUUUGUAAAGAAAGAAAUAUAUGAUCGCUGUAUUAAAACAAUUGUAGAAGAUUCACUCUAACACAUGAAUCAUUCUUCAUUUCUAUUUAAUUCUCUGAAAGAUCUGCUAUAUGGCCAAAAAUAGAUACGCGUGAUAUAAAAACACUAUUUUAAAUUGUGCGCUUCGAAUUGUUUCAAUUAAUCACGUUCUUAUUCACAUAAUGUAACGUUUAAGCAUAAGUUUUAAGUACUGGAAAUUAAUUAGGUAUUUUAUGCGUUAAAUUUCAAAAUUCGAUUUAAUUGAAAAAAAAAAAAAAUAA